UUUGCUUGCUUUACCAGUCCUGGACAAUCUGACCGGUCCUCUAACCCAGUCACAUUUUCCCAAAGUUUCCAAACCAAGAGUGCGACAAGAACGCUCAGUGUGGAUCCACCACCUGGGUUAAUUGGUCGUAUAAAGAUUCCCGAGGGUGUCUUUGUUGUGUGCGAGCACUUCCUGCAGAAUAUCAUAAAAGCCAAGACUUGUAACUUCUGUGAAGAGCGCGGUAUCCUGAAGUAUGCUGCCUGGAACAACAACCGCUCUCAAUGGCAAGUCAUGAGGCCUUAUCCCCGAUUUAAACUUCCACCGAGAGCUACUUUUGAUGUCUGCAAGCAUUUUGCUUCUAAUAGGCCAUGUCUAAAGGAACCCUGUACAUUUCCUCAUGGGGAACAGGAAACAAUCAUGUGGACUUUAGAGAGACAAGGCCUUCUCGCCUCCCCUGAAGUAAGUCUACAGUUAUUUCGGGCCAAUACUGCAGCAGCCCCCAUGAUGAUGGAGCCUGUGGUGAAGGAAAAUGGUACCAAUAGCAUGCCACUCCAUACGGCUGAAAAUAUAGGUGUUUCGGUGGCCUCUUUUGGUGGUUCAACUGUGAAUGGAUUUCCUGGCUUAGAAGCUGUUCCAUCCCAAAGUUCUACUACAGGUGACUCUAACAAUACUUCGAUUUGGUCCUCUCCCCUUGAGACGUCUGGUGGAUCUUUUCAACCAGUGCCUCCGUGGCAGGAACCCGUCGUUGCGACCUCCCAAGAGGGUCCCUUGGAAGCCUUUUCAUCUCAAAGCUCCACUGCAGAUAGCUCUGAAUGCACCAAAUCUUCUGCUCGGUCUUCAGUCCUUAACCAAUCUGAGAGAACGUUUACACCAGUCCCACCUAUGGAGAAACCCAUCAUUACGAAUUCCCACGUGGGUCGUAGAGAGGCUGUUUCGUCUCAAAGCUCCCCUGCAGAUAGUUCUAAAGAUACCACAUCUCCUGCUCGGUCUUCAAUCCUUAACCAAUCUGAGAGAACGUUUACACCAGUCCCACCCAUUACGACUUCCCACGUGGGUCGCACAGAAGCUGUUUCGUCUAAAAGCUCCUCUGAAGUUAGCUCUAAAAGUACUACACCUCCCACUUGGUCUUCAGUUGUUAAACAAUCUGCGAAACCUUCUGCACCCGCAGUCUCAGCCUCGCGCGAACGCACCAUUACGACUUCUGCAAGUCUUGAAUCAUCUGGGAGACCUUCAACGCCAGUCGUACCUUCAACAACACCCGCUAACGUGACGUCCCACGUGGCUCACAAUCGUCUUCCAUGUCAAAGCUCCGCCGCAGAUAGUUCUACCAAUACGUCAUCUUCUGCUCAGUCUACAAGCUUUGAACCGUAUAAAAGACCUUCUACACCACUUCCGCCAUCUGGUAAGCCAGCCACUAUGACCUCCCCUGCAGCGCCGCCGUCGAAGACUGGUUCUGUACCGUCGUCGAACUCCGACAAUGAUUUUCGAAAGAUCCCAAAAGGAGUUUAUGUCGUGUGUGAUGACUUUCUUUGGAAAAACCUUAAACGACCAGCGAGCAUCUACGAGAAGACCAAAGCCUGUAAAGGCUGCGAGAAUCGUUCAAGACUGAAGUACGCUGUCUGGAGUGACAACAGCAAACAAUGGCAGCUAAUAAGGCCAUAUCCUGCUGAAGUCUCCGCAAAAGUUGCGUUUAAGGAGUGUGCGCAGUACGUGUCUAAUAAACCAUGCCUGAAGACUCCGUGCUCAUUUGCUCACGGCCAACUAGAAUUAAACAUGUGGACCAUGGAAAGGGAAGGAGUUCUUCCUACUCCUCGUGAGACUCUCACUGGUUCUUCUGGGAGUAUGCGACCUGUAUCCUCGACAAUGCAACCUGCAGUACAACUACGGUACAGACCCUCCCCACCAGGAGUGACAAAUGGCUCCUAUAGAAUAUGCAAAAGUUUUUAUACACACGAGAGAUGCAGAUAUGGAAGAGGGUGUAUCUUUGCGCAUAGCCCUGAGGAGCUAAAAGAAUGGCAACAAGAGUACGACAGGAAGAUGAAGGAAAAACUUAGAAAGGAACUCGAGGAGAAGGAAGAAGUAUGUUCUUUGGAAAUGGCAUCAAAGAUUUUGAAAGGACCAGCAAAAGAUCGAGUCGAAGAUCUGUCAGGGGUGGAGGUUACCUGCGCACCUCCCGAAUUGAAUAUAAGACUUCAAGACAAGAAUGAAACACACAAGUUCCAAUGGACAUUCAGCCUUGUUUUCAAGACGCUAGAAGUAGGAUACUUAGAGCAAGUCCUUCUACUUCAUCGAUACCACAACUGCUAUCAACUGUCAGACAUUCGAGUGAGAUGCUAUCAAGAUACCCCAAGUCAUCAAAGUUACAAGCUGUGUUACACAGCCAAGCUCAAUGAUACCUGGUACCAAUCUCCAAGAACAAACCGGCCUUCUGGACGACUGGAAGUAUCCCUGACUGUCACUUUCGAAUCUCGUCUGUAUGGAAGCUUUGAGCAACUGGUUCUAUUCGACUUUGGGAAAAAGCCUUACUUGGUAAAGAGGCUGAACGCUGAUGUAAUGAGCGAGUCCUUGUCUCAAACGUCCAUUGUCCCGGAGCAUGCCACUACGUCUCCACCAGCCGUCUGGGACGAAGUUUCCAUGGAAGUGGUUAGGUUCGUUCAUGGGACAAGCGAGGCUGUUCAGGCAGAACAUUUGUCAAGGACGUACUGUCUUCCUAAGAAAAGGGAAAUCACAGCCGAGACCCUGAGUCCUGCCGUCUACAAGAGUCUAAUGCAUCAAUUACUGUUUGUGGAGGAAGGUUUCAUGAAAGAUGAGAUUUCACGGUACACCUUGACUAAAACCCAGUUACAUGCUCAAUGGAACAUUUUCGACGAAAGGACUGGAAUGAAGUGUGCAGUGGAUGGUGAAUUGUUCGGUGUCCUCUACUUGCAAGAGGAAGAUGCGCUGAGACCUGAUGAUGCCGCUGGUCGACUUCUGUACCGUAACGUCAGCUCAGUUUGGCUCCAGGUUGCUGACAGUGUCUCUAACAAAGUCUACGAGGCUCCUGUGGAGAAAGUGGAGAGUGAAUGCGUUGUGUUGAGACUGUCGUCCAAGAUGUGCUCCGACCUGAAGCUGUAUGAUACCUGUGAUACUGAUGUAAAUGCCCAGUUCCAGCUGAACCGCACGCCACUUUGUGAAAUGCACGCAGCCGUUGAUAGGCUCACCAAAGGGCAAUUGCGGCUUAUUUUCCCCGAACCAAGAACUGAGCCUGUCAAAAGUGAUAUCAAAAUCCGUUGGCAGUGGCUUCUCGAUGAAAGGCUUAAUAAGAAUCAAAAGGAAGUUAUCGAGCGAAUUGCUUUGCCCGAGUACAACGCUCCGCCUCUGGUUGUGUUUGGUCCUUUUGGGACAGGUAAGACUUUUACUCUGUAUCAAGCUGUUCGUCUCUUGGUACAAGUGGACAAGUCUCACAGGAUCCUACUUUGCACCCACUCAAACCGUGCAGCAGAUAUACACGUGGAGUUGUUGCAUGAGUACCUGACGAAGAAGAACGGCAUACCAGCAGCAAGGCCUUUGAGGGUUUAUCAGCCUAUGAGAAGACUAGAAACGGCAUCCGAGACAGCAAGGAAAUAUUGUUUGAUCAGGAAUGACACGUUCGUGUUACCUUCUCGUGACGACUUGGUUGAACAUCGGGUAGUGGUUACAACCCUGAGCACUUCACUGGUGCUUCUUGAUCUGCAAGUGUUACAUGGAUUCUUCACUCAUAUCCUAAUCGACGAGGCUGCCCAAGCUCUUGAGCCCGAAGCAUUGACUCCGCUGAUCUUCGCAGGGCCAAACACAAAAGUUGUCUUCACAGGCGAUCACAUGCAGAUGAGCCCAGAAGUUUAUUCACCUCAAGCAAGAAGUCUGGGUCUCCAAAAAUCACUGGCUGAGAGGUUGUUUGACGUUUACGACAAACGCAAGACUGAAGCAUCAAAUGACAACCCGAAGGAAAACCCCAAUGUCUUGUUCCUGACUGAAAAUUAUCGAUGCCACAAGGAUAUCCUCCAAUUUCCCUCUGACAACUUCUACGGAGAAAAAUUGGUUGCUCGUGGACAUGAGUUACAGCCAGAGCACCCGAAAUACGGUCCCUUGUUAUUCUUCUCCGCCCGUGGCAAAGAAAAGAAGGAGCACGACAACUCGUACAUCAAUCUGUCUGAGGUUUUCGAAGUGGCUAAGAGGGUGAAAGAGCUUGCAGACAGUUGGCCUGAAACUGUUUGGGGUCCCAAGAAACUAUCUGAUAUCGCAGUGCUCUCCUCUUAUCGUUACCAGGUACAAGCCAUACGAAACAGUCUACGAAAGGACCCAGAUCUGAGGGAUGUUAAGGUGGAUACAAUUCACAAUGUACAAGGGGAAGAAUUCCGUGUUCUUUUCAUCAGUACCGUUCGCACAUUUCACACUUGCAAGCCCCAACAGCAAGAGUUACGUUCCAGUGGAUCUGAUCGACAAUUGUACUGGGAAUUUUUGUCGGAUCCAAAACUGCUGAAUACAGCCGUGACAAGGGCAAGGUGUUUGGUAGCUGUUAUUGGAGAUCCUGUCUCUCUCUGCACAGUAGGAGAUUGUCGCAGCAUUUGGAGAGACUACAUCAAAAGAUGUAGUAAACGAGGAGGGCUUCAUGGGACGUCAUUGGAGGAACUAGAUAAAGAAAUAAACGCAUCUAUUGCCAGUAUCGAACUUAACCCAAAGGCACAGGCGUUCGUCCCAACCUUCCCGAAGACACAGGAAAUAAAUUCCACGGUAGAGGACACUCAAGAGGAAGGAGCCCUGAGGAAUGAAGAUACUGAGGAAGGGAAAAGACAAGUAGAGAAUGUAGGAGAAGCCCAGCCAUCAGAGACCCAAGGAAGGGAAUUGCAUCAUCGACAAGAAAUUAAUGGAAAUGUCACUGAAAACGAUGGUCAGGACGGAAAAUCUGGCGCAUGUGUUGACACCACCGCUCAGUACCAAGAAAAAAAAGAGACAGAGGAAGACGAGGAUGACGAAAUUGCUGAAUCAGGGGACUUUCAAGACGACCUUCUUGAAGAUGAGACCAUAUUUCCCAGAGAUAUGGACGAAAUUAUUCUUGCGUUUGUGAAAAAAUGCGAGGAAACAUUGCAGAUGGAUGCGCAACGAGCAUCAAUGUUUGAAGAUUCGGAGUUUCCUACUCUACAAGCAGCGAAAGAUGUCAAUGUCAAACAUCAACCAGUCAAUGAAGCACAGCGUGUGUCAUUCAAGGGUGGUGCUGACAUAAAAAGUCUAUUCCCAGAAGUGCGAGUUGUAAACGGUCGCGUUGAAGUGCGUCUUACAAAUCUUGGCUUUUACACCUCUCCCUCUGAAAGAGCUCAGAAAAUCAUGAUAUCCUCUAAGCAACAGGAAUUCCUAGAUCCUUCGGUCUUAAAGAAGCUUCUUAAAGACGAACCAGAGAAAUACAUCGUCUGCAAUCUUCGUCUAAGUCCGGAGAGGUCCCAGAUAGGAUAUGCAGACGUAGAAGACACGAAGACCCCUUCCAUCAGUAUCAAAGGAAAGAUCCGCCAGGCAUUUGAUAAAGACAAGGUUGUUGUGGAGUUGGUUGAAAAGAAAGUUCGUUCACAGGACGAGAACAGCGGACCUCUAGCACAAGGAAAGGUUGUGGGUGUAUUGGAACACAUCAUUCCUCCACACGAGCGCCAGUUUGUAUGUAGUACCGAUUAUGAAAAUCCUGUCCUGAUGGUGCCUAUAAACAAGUCGGCCACCAAACUGGUGAAUCUAACAGACAAGAGCUGCAAGGACAUACCAAUCUACAAGAAGGAUCAAAACGAAAGGGCAACACAAGUCAGGAUGAUGAAAAGAGAGAAAGUCCUCAGUGGGAAGUACCUGUUUGUUGUCAAGUACCUUCAGUGGAGGAGAGACUUCAGCUGUCCUCUCGGAAUCGUCGUAAGAACCCUGUCCAGAGGAGAAGACUUGAAAAGUAGCAUGGAGAUCGCCUACGCGGACCGUGGAAUACGACGGGAAUUCAAGGAAGAGACAAAGAAAUAUGUCAAAGAAAACUUCCCACUAAAAUGGUCCGUUCCUGAGACAGAACGCAAAAAUCGAACCAGGGUUGUUGGGGCUUUUACCAUUGACCCUCCCAAGUCCUUGGAUCUCGAUGACGCCCUGACGAUAGAGAAAGAUGCAUCUUCUUCCACUUUUGUGGUAGGGAUACACAUUGCUGAUGUCAGUUUCUUUGUGAAGCCAAACAGCCCCUUAGAUCAAGAAGCUUUUCUCCGUUGCACCUCUUAUUAUCCUGGUGACGGGCAAGAAAAUAUCCCAAUGUUGCCGCGUGAGCUGAGUGAAAAUGUUUGCAGCCUGCUGCCCAAUGAAGACCGUCUAGCAGUAUCCGUGUUUGUCAACUUAGACGAAGAAGGAAAGUUAACUGCUGAGCCAAGUAUAAAACGCACCAUUAUCCGAUCCUGUUGUCGGCUGACUUAUGCCGAGGCACAAAAGGUCAUUCAUUGUUCCAGCGUCUCAAGUAUCGAAGACAUGCCGGAGGAGAUUAUGGAGAAGAUCAGGCAAUUGAGCUCCCUGGCUCAAAAAAGAAGACGACUUCGUUUGGGAGACUGUGCUUUUGAUCACUGGCAAAAUGAGGGAGGCGAUGACGGCUUUGAAGCCCACGAGCUUGUCGAAGAAAUGAUGAUCCUUGCUAAUGAGGAAAUCGCUAAGCUCUUGUCACAAAAGAGCUCCGAAUUGGCACCUCUGAGGAUUCAGCUACCUCCAAAGGAUCACAGACUAGCCGAGUGGAUUGAAAUGCACGGCAAGUACGCAAGAUUGUCGCUUAAGUUUUCAGAAAUGUUUAAGAACGAAACUACCGAAACCUCGACACUGAGCUUGCUUCAAGACGAGAGGGUCAGGUUUAAAGUCCAAAGGUCGGUUUGGAGUGCAAUGUGUCAUGCAGUGGACUCAAGUGAUCUACCCAGGCUCCAGCAGCUGAUUUGCAACGAGGACAACCACCCCCAGGUUGCUGUAGCCAUGUCCAACUUUCGCCGAAUCCAGUCUGAGUCUCGGUACGUUUGUGAAGGGGAUCAACCACCCGAUAAUAUCUUCCACUACUCUCUGAGAACUCGAUGCUACACACAUUUCACGUCCCCGAUAAGGCGAUAUAUCGAUAUUGUGGUGCAUCGACUCCUUCUUGCCGUGCAAUCUGGUAGCUGUUAUGCAGAAAGCCCUUCUAAAGAUGACAUAGCCAAGGCAUGUCGCCGCUCUACUUUCAUGUGUGACAACGCUCGAAAAUUUGACAAGGAUUGCAAGAGGAUUCGUAUGGCAAACCGGCUUCAACAGCGAUGCCGUGAGACACGUGUUUUCAUAGAAUCCAUCGAACAUCAGUCAAUCAGUCUUCAUAUUUCCAACCACGAAGACGACCAAUUGGCGGGUAAACAGAAUCGAGUGCUUCUAAGUCAUCUCAAUUUAGUGAACUUGAAAGAAGAGGAGGAAAGCAAGGGCAGAGAGAAGACUCUUGUUCUCAAGUGGAAAUUUAGAAAGUAUAUAGCACCAGAUGCCAGAAGCAAGACGGCGAGAGUGAGCAAGAAUGAUAGCAGUGGUGUUGCUGAAGUAGUAGAGAUCCCGUCGGAUAUCUGGCUUCGUGUACUUGAUGCCGUUAGAGCCAACGAUGAUGACAAGCUGGCAACUAUCAUCAAGCAAACGGAAACGGAAUUGGGUAUUUUGUCCACUUCUCGAGGAAGUGACGAACCAAGUCAACCCAGGUCACCUCAAACUGGUCGUGGUGUGCCUUACAAGCAUCCUCAUCAUAACGAAAAGGCAGCUCCGUCAUCCGAAGAAACGGUAGACCAUUUCUAUGAGAAGAGCAUUGCACUGAGAAAGUACAAAUUCUUUUCUGUACAGCUCUGCCCUCACAUGACACGGGGAAUUCUGCAACCUGAUAUUCAAAUGUUCAAGGCGGAUCCUCAANACGAGAACAACCACCCCCAGGUUGCUGUGGCCAUGUCCAACUUUCGCCGAAUCCAGUCUGAGUCUCGGUACGUUUGUGAAGGGGAUCAACCACCCGAUAAUAUCUUCCACUACUCUCUGAGAACUCGAUGCUACACACAUUUCACGUCCCCGAUAAGGCGAUAUAUCGAUAUUGUGGUGCAUCGACUCCUUCUUGCUUUGCAGUCUGGCAGCUGUUACGCAGAAAGCCCUUCUAAAGACGACAUAGCGAAGGCAUGUCGCCGCUCUACUUUCAUGCGUGACAACGCAAGAAAGUUUGAAAAGCAUUGCAAGAGGAUUCAUAUGGCAAACCAGCUUCAACAGCGAUGCCGUGAGACACGUGUUUUCAUUGAAUCCAUCGAACAUAAGUCAAUAAGUCUUCAUAUUUCCAACCACGAAGACGACCAAUUGGCGGGAAAACAGAAACGAGUGCUUCUAAGUCAUCUCAAUUUAGUGGACUUGAAAGAAGAAGAGGAAAGCAAGGGCAGAGAGAAGACUAUCGUUCUCAAAUGGAAAUUUAGAAAGUAUAUAGCACCAGAUGCCAGAAGCAAGACAAAGAAAGAAAACAAGCCUGGUUACAGUGGUGGUGGUGGUGGUGGUGGUGAAGUAGCAGAGAUCCCUUCGGAUAUCUGGCUUCGUGUACUUGAUGCCGUAAGGGCCAACGAUGAUGACAAGCUGGCAGCUAUCGUCAAGCAAACGGAAACAAAAUUGGGUAUCUUGUCUGCUUCUCGUGGAAGAGACCAGCCACCUCAACCCACGUCGCCUCACAAUGUUCGUGGUAUGCAUUACAAGCACCCUCAUCACAAUGAAGAGGCAGCACCGUCAUCUGAAGAGACGGCAGACCAUUUCUAUGAGAAGAGCAUUGCACUGAGAAAGUGCGAAUUCUUUUCUGUACAGCUCUGCCCUCACAUGACACGGGGAAUUCUACAACCAGAUAUUCAAAUGUUCAAGGCGGAUCCUCACAUCAACAUUUGCAUCGAGCACCACAGAUACCCGAGGGAGUCAUUUGCGCACACAGCCAGACAUCAGGCAUCACGAGAGCGGUAUGAGACCAUUGAUGAGUACAUUAAGGCUUGGAAACCAGUACUUGCAAUGGAAGCUGCAACGGAAGCCGUCAAAGAGAACGAUGGAUUCAUUAUUGAAGACCUUAACGUGACAUGGAAAAACGAGCUUGAAGAUGACAACAUAAGCGGAUUAUUUACUCUUCCCUGGAACUACUGCGAUAGCAGACAGCUGACGUUUUUCUCAGGAGACCUUGCAUGCAUCCGUGUGCCCUACUGUGACAGGGAUUCGGUUUCUGGCGAUGAAACGUCAAAUGAAAGAAAGCCCUCUGCAGAUGCUCAAUGGUCUGGUGACAACAAGCAAGCUAAUGACUUCUGGGUAGUGCACUGCAUUCUCAAAAAAGUAACCCACAUAAAAGAACUAAGGAUAGUGGAAGUGCAGUUGGAGUUUCAUCAGACGUCAUCUAACAUUCCCGAUUGGCUCACACAUGAAAGAGGUCACAGAAGUACUUUAGAACUCAUUCAUAGGACACUUCCUCAAAGCAUCGUCAUCAUCAUCAUCAUGGUCCUCUUCAUCAUCAGCAGUUUCGUCAUCAUUAUAAAAUGUUUUAUUUUCCUUUCUUUAGAAAAUUAUGGCGACGAGAUCCCUUCCAACUUGUCUUUGAUGCAACACGGAUUUCACAAGUUGAAUCGGUAUCAAGAGACUGCAGUGAGGGAAGCGCUGUCCAAGCCAUUUACACUGAUCCAAGGCCCACCAGGCACUGGUAAAACCGUAACUGGAGUGCACAUCGCAUACUGGUUCGCAGAGCGAAACAAAAGGUUAAAAUCGUACAAGGUUUUUGAAAAAGACACUGGUGACACUGAAUGCGCUGGAGCGUACAAAGCACCGCCCCAAGUUAUUUAUUGUGGGCCUUCUAACAAAUCUGUCGACGUGGUCACAGAGUAUCUUUUGAAGAUUCCUAAUCUGAAGGUUCUCCGAGUUUACAGUGAUCAAAUUGAGCAAAAGGAAUUUCCAGUUCCCAACAAGCUGAAGCCACCCAGAACUACGAGGAGUGAGGACGAAUUAAAGAUUUCCAGCGAAAAAAUACGAUGCGUGUCUCUUCAUCACGUGAUUCGUGGGCCUGUGUGCCCGUUUUCCGAGCAGCUGCGACAAUAUGAAGAGGGAUUCGAACAGAGCAAAGCAAGGAAAGAGCGUAUAGGGCUAAAGGAAGUCAAUGAGUAUUGCAAGCUAAUUGGACAGGCCGAGAAUUGGGCUCUUCAAGAAUCUGGAGUUCAGAUCAUUCUUUGCACAUGCGCAGCAUCGGGAAGUCCAAGGCUAACCAAAUCCUGUGACAACAUCCAGCAAUGCAUUGUGGAUGAGUGCGGCAUGUGCAUGGAACCUGAGUCACUCGUGCCAAUCACGUGCUCAGGAGCACGCCAAGUGGUUUUGAUUGGCGAUCACAAACAAUUACAGCCCGUCAUUCAGGACCACGUGGCAAAAACACUUGGUUUGAGUGUGUCCAUGUUCGAAAGGCAUUCUAAUCGAGCUAAGAUGUUGGCGCUACAGUACAGAAUGCACGAUGGAAUAUGUGAAUUUCCAUCAAAACAUUUUUAUGGCGGAAAGCUUCAAACAGCUGACUCAGUUAAGUCACGUGAUCCUAGCCCCGUGACCUUUUGGCCGGCGCAGGUACGCCGGCAGAGGAAUCUUCCCAUUGCCUUCUGUCACGUUGAAGGACAAGAAGAGUCGUCUGUCAUUAGCACGUCAGAAAGCAAUGAAGAAUCAAAGAGGAACAUGAAGGAAGUCAGGAAGGCGGUUCAAAUUGCAAAAUACCUUGUCAACCGUCACAGGCCACGAGUGCGCAUGUCGGAUGUGGUUAUUUUGUCGCCUUACAGAGAACAGCGGAGCAAAAUCACUGAGCUUUUGAAAGGAGCGUACGAGGACAUUCAGGUCACAACUGUCACUAAAAGUCAAGGUAAAAAGAUUGAAACCAAGCAGAGUGAUACGAUUGAUGUCAUUAAGAAGAGACUAAUUAAGACCAAAUGCUGGAGACGUGAGUUACUAAAAACUUUAAGAUCACCGACGAUCCCAGGGCCCUUUCUCUCACUUGGCCCCGCCUCCAAGUGAGGGAAACGGCCUG